AUGCUUGGGUUUAGCUCAGACAAGCCAGUGUUUAAAAAAAAAUGGUGCAAACAUUCAUGGUCCCCAGAGGCUGAGCUCUCGUAGGUCAGAACAUUACACAUUACAGUAAAAUUAUUAUGAAAUGUAAUUGAAACACAUGAAUAGUUUCCAGAUGAUGAUGGACUUUGGAGAAGGACUCAUUUCUCCCACAACAAGCGACCAGCCUGAAGAUGAACCCGAGCGGAACCCGCAGCGGGAAGACUUUCCUGUUCACGUCGGAGUCUGUUGGAGAGGGACACUCCGAUAAAAUGUGUGAUCAAAUCAGUGAUGCUGUGCUUGAUGCCUACCUGAGCAAAGACCCAGACUCUAAAGUGGCCUGUGAGUGUGUGGCAAAGACGGGCAUGAUUUUACUGGUUGGUGAAGUGACCUCUAAGGCCAUAGUGGAUCUCCAGUCAGUGGUCAGAAACACCAUCAAGUCCAUCGGCUACGACAGCUCAUCCAAAGGUUUUGACUACAAGACCUGCAACGUGCUGUUAGCGCUGGAGCCGCAGUGCAUGGAGAUCUCAGACUGUGUGUUUGAAGGACGGGAUCAGGAGGACAUUGGUGCUGGAGACCAGGGUCUGAUGUUCGGCUACGCCACAGACGAGACGGAGGAGUGUAUGCCUUUAACAAUUCUUUUGGCUCACAAACUCAACUUCAGGAUGAAGGAGCUGUCUCGAACUGGAGAGUGUCCAUGGAUUCUCCCAGACUCCAAAUCACAAGUCACAGUGGAGUACAGAGACAACAUGGGAGCCAUGGAGCCUAUGCGUGUUCACACCGUGGUUAUUUCAGUGCAACACAGGCCGGACAUCACCCUGCAGGAGAUCAGACACCACCUGAUGGAGAAGGUGGUGAAGGUGGUCGUUCCUGCCAAGUACCUGGAUGACAAGACCAUUUACCAUCUCCUACCCAGUGGGAAAUUUCUUGAAGGCGGCCCACAAAGCGAUGCCGGACUCACGGGGCGUAAAAUCAUUGUGGACACAUACGGAGGAUGGGGUGGUCACGGGGGAGGGGCUUUCUCCGGGAAGGAUUACUCCAAAGUGGAUCGAUCCGGAGCUUACGCAGCACGCUGGGUCGCUAAGUCUUUGGUCAAAGCCGGACUGUGCAGGAGAGCCCUCGUUCAGAUCUCAUAUGCUAUCGGCGUGAGCCACCCGCUCUCCAUCUCCGUUUUUCACUACGGCACGUCGAAUAAGGACGAAGACGAGCUGCUGCAAAUAGUGCAGAAGAACUUUGACCUGAGGCCUGGGGUCAUCGUGAAGGAGCUGGGUUUAAAGCGGCCGAUUUACCAAGCCACUGCCUGCUACGGUCACUUCGGCAGAGAGGAGUUCCCCUGGGAAAAACCGAAACCUCUGCUGUUUUGAGUCUCAACACAUUCCAGUUACGACACAAUCAAGAGUCCAGUUUAACUGAAGACAGCUGUGUAACUAAAAGAGGUCUGCGUCUUUUCUCUCUGUCUCUUUUCCUUUCUGACCCGAGGCAACAGUCAGCGCCUUUGUUGAGAAAUGAAAAUUGAUUUAAUCAAGGUACUUUGUGCUUGUUAAAAAAUUAUGCAAUAAAUGUGAUUUUUUUAAAAGACAGUAAAUACUGUAAAUCAUGUAUUUUGGUAACAAGAAAUAAACAAUAUUUGUUGAAUAAA